GUGGAAAACCCUAUCCAGUAUUGGCUCCUCCGAAGACGUCAAUUUCCACGCCUUCCAUUCAUAGUGAUCGAUCUCUUUUCUGUGCCGGCGAUGUCUUCCGAGCCAGAGGGUAUUUUCAGUCUCACGGGACAAAUGGUUACAGCGCAAAGAGGUCGCCUGAAAGCUGAUAUUAUAGGGGCUGCUCAGUGCAUCUCGUCUUGGUAG